UUGAAGAACAGUUAGGAAUAUUCUAUAUUGCCUUUUGGAAGGUGAAAAUGAACAAGGCAAUAGACCUAAUUACCAAAUUGUGUAAAAGCAAACUCAAUUUAGAAGUAUCAGAGAAGGAUUUUAAAGUUGUUCAACCAUUAGAUAUUAGACGGGCGGGUGUUCUAUUAUCUUUGUCUAAUUUAUUCCUGCGAAACAAGAUAUUGAAUAAUAGUGACUUAUUUCUAUUGGAAGGUCUUCAUGUUGCUUCAGAGUAAUGUUCUCGUAUAAUUUUAAUUAAACUUGAUUAAUUGCUCAUUAAUGAUUCUCUUUUUUUUUUUUUUUAUUUUCAGGUGAUGGUAAUUCAGUGCUUUCCUGUGAGAUUAAUCAAUUUUUGCAUAAAAUUAAUGCCUUGUCUGUAUCGUUGUUACACAAUAUUCACAUAAUGGAUAACAUCGAACAUUUGGGAUUGACGGACGAAAAACGAAAAAGGGGUCGUCCGAGUAAGGCAGCCAAUGAGAGAUUUCACAGAUUAAAAUUGAUUCGUCAAUCUCAACUGGAUCAGGCCAAAAGAGGAAGCUUGGAGGAAGCUAGCGAGUUAAACCGAAGUAUUAGUAGCUUUAUGUGGAAUUUUCCGAAUCUUAUUGAUUCGUUGGCUUCAUCAUCUGGUUCAUCAAGAACUGGCGAUUCGGAGUUUAAAAUUUGUUCCUGUGGUCGAAUUUAUCCUCCAACUUACUUAUAUAGUCAUUGCUUCUGUGGAGAAUUCUUUUCCCGUUGAAUAAAAGAAGAUCAUUGAUUACAAUUGUAACAUGUUGUGUAGGUGUUUAUGUGAUGUGUAUUAUUU